AUGGAAUUCGCCUAUUUCCUUUUCGUGCCCGUUGUCGUUCUUUUCCUCAAGCAUUUCCUCUUCGGGGCCCGACAGCUUCCACCGGGCCCUAAUCAAUUCCAUGUUAUGAGUUAUCUUUCCCAAUUAAUAUACAAACCGCACAUCGCGCUCCAAACCCUAGCCAAGGCUUACGGCCCGUUGAUGUCGUUUCAGCUCGGCGACCAGCUGAUGGUCGUUGCGUCUUCGCCCGAGACCGCAAAGGAAUUUUGCCGGACCCACGAUAGAAUAUUCUCCGGAAGGCAUUUGCCUUCCGUUUAUCACAUUCUUCCGGGGACAAUCGAUUCUUCUAUCGUAUUGUCGCCCGAGUGUGGUAAAGCGUGGAAACUUCUACGUACGAUCGGUCAAAGUUGCGUGUUUUCGUCUCGGGCUAUGGAAACGAACACAUGGAUUAGAAAGGCUAAAGUGAUGGACACGGUGAAUCAUUUACGGACGAAGCAAUUAGGUCAAGUCGUAAAUCUUGAAGAUUUGAUGUUUGCUACACUAGCAAAUAUUAUCUCGAGUGCUUUAACCGCAAAAAACUUGUUCCAUAUCGAAGGAGAAGGGAAAGAAGAUUACAAGGAGAUGAUGUCGUUGGUGAACGAGGUUAUCGAAAAGACCACGACUUUCGGUUUGGUCGAUUUCUUGCCGAUUUUGAAAGGGGUAGACUUUUGGAGCAACGGAAAGGCAAUGGAUAUGUACCGGAAAAUCAAACUUACUUGGGGUGGCAUUAUUCAAGAAAGAAGAGCAUCGACGAAAAAUGAUCAAAACCCUAGUUCAAAAACGUCGCAAGAUUUCUUGGAUAUCGUCUUAUCGGACGGUACAUUUUCUGAAGAUCAAAUUGCCAUUUCAUUGAUGGAAUUAUUGAUUGGUGCUACCGAUUCGACGACUAUAACAACCGUGUGGUUGAUCGUAGAGUUGAUUAAAAAUCCAGAAAUGUUGUCCAAAGUCCGCGAAGAAAUUGCGCAAGCAGUCGAAGGCGAUGAACUAAACGAAUCACUAUUAUCUAAUAAUUGCAAUUAUUUCCAGGCGUGUAUUAAAGAAACGUUACGACUUCACGUGCCGGCCCCACUCUUGGUGCCUCAUCGCGCGAUUGAGACAUGCAAAGUGAAUAACUACACAAUCCCGAAAAAUAGUAUGGUGUUGGUGAAUUCAUGGGGAAUCGCACGGGACCCGAAGUAUUGGGAGGACGCUACGAUUUUCAAACCCGAGAGGUUCUUGGAUUCGAACAUCGGUUAUAGAGGAACGCAUUUCGAAUACUUGCCAUUCGGGACGGGAUUGAGAAUGUGCCCCGGUUCGGCCGUUGCUUUCAAGAAUAUUCAAAUGCUCGUCGGGUCUUUGUUGCAUUACUUCGAUUGGAGCUUGCCUAAUGGCGACGACCCGAUUUCGAUUGACAUGAGCGAGACGUAUUUAACGACUCUUAAGAAGGAAAAGCCAUUGCUUUUGGUUCCAAAGUUGAGGGAGUGA